AAGGGGACGCUGAUUCCAGAGUGAUUCACGUGCAAACCCAACAGUUUUUUCAAUCCUUGUUAUUUCAUCGCACAGCAACAUCAUCUUGUUCGGGGAACACAUACUAUUGUCAUCAAUUUUCAGAACUCCAAAUAGUUCUCUUUGACCUGCAAAUUAUUGUGUCACAAUAUAUAACAAACCAUCAACAUAGCCAAUUCUUUUAACGAUUCUCAUACCAAUAACAUAUGCAAUAACUUGAAGUCAAAUUGUUCAGCAUCAUCAUGAUUUAACAUUAUACAAAACUGUUAUAUGUUUUUUUUUUACAGAAAAAAGAAGGAAGGGAAUUGGAGACCGACUCAAACGCAGCACCGUCAUCGAGGAUUUCCUUCGGUCUCAGUCACACAUCGCUUCAGUUCAUCUUUAAAAUACAGAUCGAAAUUACUUCAGCCACCAUCACCGAUCCACGACGAUUUGCAGCAAUGCUAUCCAAUCUCACAUAACAAUCAUAUACCUGCAAAUUAAAACUCAAAAAAAAUAAUAAUAAUAUUGUGCUGUUGUUUUUGUUUUGCACAGGAAGAUCGAAAGCAAAGUAAAAAGUAAGAGAAGAAGGGUGCCACUCUCCGCCGACGUCGACCAAUCGUUUAACUUCCGCAGCUUCAUCAACAACCACUACCGCGACAAACAUCCACCGUGCAAACACCACCCGGUACACCGCUCGCGGCUGGCCCCCUCCGUGUCAGAUCCAAACAAUCUUCGCCGACUCUCAUCCUCACCACCACUCACGCGAUGAGAGGCAUGUACCAACGUCACCAUCGCUUCUGAUCUCUGUCAGCACCGUAAACACCACGCGGAGCCGCAACCUUACCUUCAGUGAACCACCGCCAUGCUCAACCGCAAAUCACCAUUCCGGAUCCAUUCACGCAACCACUCUGACCCGCUACCCGUUACUCACCGUUAGCUUUCUUCUCUCUUUUAAUUUCAUGAUUUAUGUUGUUUAUGUUUGAUUUGUGUGAUUUAGAUUUGAGAAGGAAAAAUUCUGAAACAUAAAGAAAAGAAAGAGAAAGUGUGAGUAGAAAGAAGAAAGGGAAAAUCCGGUGAAUGUUCAGGUUAUCUAUCAUGUCUCUAUCUUUUCUAUUUUUUAUAUUAUUCCUUUUUUCUCUGCCACGUGUUCAUGAUCUAUUGGUUGGCCAACUAUUUUAAAAAGUCAAAAUUAGAUUACAUUAUUAGUAUUAAUUUUGAAUGAGUAUGCAAUUUUAAUGUAUGUUAAUGUAUAUACAGGCUACUGCAAUUCUGUUUCGCUUUUCAUUCAUAUUGUUUUAUUGUUUUGGAAUUAUGAUUUCUAAUUUAAUCUUUCUUUUUUUAAUUAGUUAGUGUAUUAGAUUACUAAUAAAACACUACAAAAAAUAGAAAAAAUAUGUGCUUUUAAUUUUGGCAAAAUACCCUUUUUCGUCCCUUAACUUUCACUCGGGGUCCAUUUUGGUCCCUCAAUUUUUAAAAAGUUCACAUAACUCCCUUAUCUUUUAAAAUGGUGCCAUGUUUAUCCUUUCCGUCUAUUUCAUUGAAACGUCCGUUUAGAGUUGCCAGCGUGGCAUAUGACCUAGAUCUUCUUCUCCUUCAUUAAAAGGAAUGUUACUUCUGGAAAACGAAUUCUGAACAAUUUGGGGGCUAGGGUUUGUUGAAUAAACACCAUCGUGAGAAUAAUUUACGGGCUGCUAGGGUUUUCCAGAAAUCCAGAACAAUGAAAUCGUCCACUUCUUCGUCAUCUAUGUUACAAGGAAGCCAUGAAAGUUUCGUCUCUCAGCUUGGUACGAAGUCGGAACUGCCAUGGAAACCAGUUUGCUAUUGUGGAGAUAAGGCCAUUCUAAGAAGGGCAAAGACCACUAAGAGUUUUAGAAGACAAUUUUGGGGGUGUCCUCAUUUUAAGGGACCUGAUCAUCCUGGGUGUGGGUUUUUCGAGUGGUUCUGCGAAGAAUCUGAAGAAAACAAUGGGCAAAUCAUGAUGGUUAGGUUGGAGAAGCUUGGAAAGAAUAUUGAACACAUACAAGAGGAGUUUGUCAAAAUUAGAUUGUCAACUGAAGAAAUAAAGAAAGAGACUGAUCACAUACAGAGUCAAUUGAAGAAGAUGAUGAAAUAUGGAAAAUGCUGUAGCUUGAUGAUUAUCAUAAUUUUGUUUGUAACCUGUUUUAUUAAGGAUUAGGUUUUGUGUUAGUGAAAUAACACUGUGUACCAUUUUUAUGAACCAGUUAUGUACCAGUUUUAUGAACAAAAUGAAAGCAUUAUG